AUGGAUCUGUUACAGCAACACGAGCCAGUCUUGGUGAACAGAGACUUGAUCGCUAGACCUGCACCAAUACCAGAGUUACGGAUACGCGAUCUGACGCCAGAUCUCUCACAUGUCACGAAAAGAGACUCAGAUAAUUCUUCGAAGGAAACGUCGGGUGGUUCAAACACAACCCCUAUAGUAAUUGGAGUGGUGGUGCCGGUCGUCAUCAUUGCGAUAAUACUAGUCGUGAUAUGGAGAAGACGACAGAGGAUCGUGCGGCAGGAAGAAGCAAAUGACAAAUAUCGGUCCUUGGACUUUGGUGUUGAUGAAUCGGCUGUCCGUGAGAAAAAGGGCGAGAAGAAUAAGGCUGCGCCUGAAAUGAGCAUUGCCGAGAUCAAGAGUACCUUGAGGAAAAACAGAGGUCUGUCGCUCGACUUGGGUGCUGCCAACCCUUACAUGCUACCAUCUGAGGUGCAAUCGCCGCGCGAGUCGUUGCGUAGUUUGUCACGGGCAGGCGAUGACAGAUACAGGCCUACAACCUUUGUACCCGACGAUGGGUCCUUACGGUCUCCCAGCUCGCUCAGCCACGGCGAUGGUUCCUCGAUUUUUACCGGGUCAACGAGGCAAAGGACAGGGACCAUGGACACUGACUCAAGACAAGACCUGUUGCCAAGAAUACCACCAAAACGUGAUGGCUCCGAGAUAGCGUCUGUUCGGAAGCCCCUACCAAUAGCCGAGAAGGCUCAGUCUGGUUCGCUUGCUCUGCCGGUACCAAUGUCCAAUCGUACAUCAACGUUGAGUACGGCAAGUAGCAAUGCCAACUUCGCAGCUAUCCGAGCAAGCAACAACUAUCUUGGACAAUUCAUUAGUGGAGGUCAGAAGAAACAUGAGCCGGCAAAAGCAAAGGACGAGCAACCUGGUUUGAUUGUCUCAGAGACUGAAAUUCAGGUUACUCCUCCUCCGAAUGAACCUCGCGAGCUUCCUGCUGUGGUUGUUCAUGGCGAGCCAAUAAACCAAGGCGGACAGAGUAGAGUCGAUGCUUCUCAGUCUUCUGGCCAAUUUGCUGCCGAACUCCCUACUAACCAAGAGUUACGGCCACAACCCUCCAAUGAGCCGACAUUGCCACAGAUUAGAACAGACAUGGUUGAGAUGGACGCAACUCCACAGGAGCAAUUCCCCCAGCGAACGCAGAGUAAACAUACUCCUCAGCAUCACAACCAACAAGCACAUGCUACCAAUGCUCGACAUCCUCCUGCGCCUGAAGUCAAUGCAGGACAGCAUCAAGAUCAUGCAGAUGAUGCCUCCGAUUAUUAUGAAGAAGAAGGCUACGACUAUGGCGAGUACGCAGACUACAUGGAUUAUACUUAUCGCAACUCUACAAUGGGUGUGCGACCAUUGCCGCCGGAUGACCCAACCGAAAAUCCUGAGCAACGGGCUAACCGCAUCAGAUCCUUCUACAAAGAAUACUUCGAUGACGGCGGUCCCACAAACGGCGCUCGACCCAACCGUGCGAGUUAUUAUGAUGGUUCGGAGCAAUACGAGCAGUACGACGACUUUGAUUAUGGUUAUUACGAGCAAUCACACUCUCGAGGCCCAUCUAUCAAAUCUGACAUGCCUAGACAGGGUCGUCAUCGAGCCUUCACCCAUGGUAGUUAUGGUUCUCACAUGCCCGGUCCACGAGCUUUCUCAUCGAUGUCGGGGCGUCCCGGCCAAGCAGGAUAUGGACGAAGGCCGCCUCCCAAGAAGAAUUUGCCUCCACCUAAACCAUUACAAAUGCUGCCCACACCUCACAAACUCAAGGACGACGACUUUUUACCCAAUGUUCUUGAUUUUGCACCACCCCAAGUCUUCCGGAAUCAAAGAUCAGGUACCCCAGACAGCCUGCGAGGUGGACUUAGGCCAUAUAGUCCAAGCGUCAAAGCACAUGUACCUUUGAACAGCAGCUUUGACGACCUCGCUGUCAUACCCAGCCCAUUCAGACACUCCCUCCGCAAAUCUGGCACAUUUACCGGACUAGACUUUGCUCCUCCACGUCGCUUCAAGAAUGACAAGGAUUCUGCGAGUGACAGCGGCAGCGUCAGAUCCAAUGGGAGCAACCUCAGCAGGAUGCACCUAGCCAACAUCCGCAACGGCGCAUAUCGCGUGUCUAGAAUACCAACCGAUGUCGCCGGGUCUAAGGACGAUAUGUUCAGCGCCCUGAAACCAAAGUGGAACAUGAGGGGAGAUGGUUCCGGAAACGACGGACUUGGAGCGAGUCAGUAUAGGUAG